AUGGCACCAACACCGACCCCUUCCUUCAGUCCUGAAGCCCCACCAGCCAUAAUCCCCAACGUCAGCUCACGCAGCGACGGCUUCAGUCCUGGCGCCAUCAUUGGCAUCGUGAUAGCCAUUGUCGGUCUGCUCCUCGCCGUCCCCUUAAUCGCCAUCCUCCUACGGCGAUACGAGAAAACGCGUCUCCGAGAGACACCAAAGAGCCCAGGAAACGCAUGGCAACAUAUUGGAAAUGCAGGCUGGAACUGGGAGAGCUUAAUGCCAUACUACAAGAAGAGCGAGUACAUUCAGCAACCAAGCGCAUCCCAGCUCCAACGCGGUGCCUCAUUUGACCCUGAGACUCACGGUACAUCUGGCCCAUUAGCUGUUGGCUGGACAGACAACAUGAUGAGCGAGGAAGUCAUAUCAUCCAUCAAUCAGACUUUCGGAGCGCUGGGUCUUCCUCUCAACGAGGAACCAAAUGCAGGAUCCAUGCGAGGCCUGACAGUCUUUCCAAAGACCGUUCAGCAAGCAGAAAAUGUCAGAGAAGAUGCUGGUCGGGCCUACUACUGGCCCAUAUCGAAGCGGCCUAACCUUGACAUCUAUCUCGAAUCUUUCGUAGAGAAGAUAAUCUGGCAUCCGGAAUCGGGAAACGGAGACCUAGGACGGACCGCAAGUGGCGUUGUCUUCGUAGGGUUCAACGGUACAAGGAGUACCAUCUUUGCCAACCGCGAGAUUAUUCUUUCGGCAGGUAGUCUCAGAUCGCCCCUGCUUCUUGAGCAGUCUGGUGUAGGAAACCCAUCCAUUCUUCGAGAGCACGGCAUUGAUGUUGUUGUCGAUCUACCCUUUGUUGGCGAAAACCUACAAGAUCAGACUACCAUGGACAUGUUCUACACCAACAACAACGGUACAAACUUCACAGGACUUGCUGGCUAUGCGGCCUACUUCAACGCAGAGGAUGUAUUUGGGAAAGACCUCGCUGCUCUCAACGCAAGCGUCACAAACUCGAUCAAAAACUAUGCCGAGAGAACAGCCAACGCCAGUGGCAUCAUUGAUAGUUCAGUGACCGAAAAACUCUUCCGCGUGCAGUACGACCUCAUCUUCAAGAACAAGAUUCCUGUUUCUGAGAUUAUCGUUUCGCCCGCAGCAGCAGGGCCCAUAACAAUCGAGUACUGGGGCCUUCUUCCCUUCUCGCGCGGUAGUAUCCACAUCAACUCUACCAAUGCUUCUGCGCCGGCCCACAUCAAUCCCAACUACUUCAUGCUGGACUACGACAUCCAUCAGCAGAUUGCGACCGCCAAGAUGGCGAGGAAGUUCGCCAACACGGCGCCCUUUUCUGAAGCACUCUCUGGCGAGGUCACUCCUGGAAUGAACCUAGUGCCUACCAAUGCAUCUGACGCCGUCUGGGAGACGUGGUUGAAAUCGACAUGCUCGGUAUGA